AUGCCUAAAAGCACUAGAAUCAGAUGGGUCCCCGGACACCAAGACAUCAAUGGAAAUGAAGAGGCGGACAAACUAGCCAAAUUGGGGUCCAAAUCACUUCCGACCACCCAGACCGCCCUGGCUGCCCAUACAAGCUAUGCCUAUAUAGGCAUAAAAAUCAACCAAAUCCGAUGGCAUGCGUGGGCGAAUGCUCUAGCUAGCAGCAAAGGCCACUACUUCGACUUUUUCAACCCACGAAUUCACUCUUGA